GGGUCGACUUUCCUGUCCUACGUUCUGUGGUGCUGGUAAGACAGGCCGCGUUGUGGCGGUCCGUGCAGUAGCCUCUUUGGGCCGGGCUUACUCACGUGGCCGACGCGGACUCUGGAGCUGCCCGCCGCACUGAGGGGUGGAGGCGGAGGCAGCGACCGCUGCCCGGGAGGUAGCGGCCUGGGAGGCUGCCUUCUCGGACAGCAGUGGCGGAGGAGAAAAAUGGCGGAGGCUUCGGCGGCUGGGGCGGACGCGAAGGAGGAAGCUGUAGCCGCCCACCGAUUUUUCUGCCACUUUUGCAAGGGCGAGGUCAGCCCCAAACUACCGGAAUAUAUAUGUCCUAGAUGUGAAUCAGGCUUUAUUGAAGAAGUGACAGAUGAUUCCAGUUUUUUAGGUGGUAGCGGCAGCCGGAUAGACAAUAGCACAUCAACAAAUUUUGCAGAGCUGUGGGACCAUUUGGAUCCAACAAUGUUCUUCCAAGAUUUUAGACCAUUUCUGAGUAGCAAUCCACUGGACCAAGAUAAUAGAGCCAAUGACAGGGGUCACCAAACUCAUACAGACUUCUGGGGACCAAGUCGGCCUCCAAGGCUGCCACUGACUCGGAGAUAUAGGUCUCGAGGAAGUACUCGUCCUGACAGAUCUCCAGCUAUUGAAGGAAUAAUACAACAGAUCUUUGCAGGAUUCUUUGCAAAUUCUGCAAUUCCUGGUUCCUCACAUCCUUUUUCUUGGAGCGGGAUGCUGCACUCCAACCCUGGGGACUAUGCCUGGGGUCAGACAGGGCUUGAUGCCAUUGUAACCCAGCUUUUAGGACAACUGGAAAACACAGGACCUCCCCCAGCUGACAAGGAAAAAAUCAUUUCUCUUCCAACAGUGACAGUAACUCAGGAACAAGUUGAUAUGGGUUUAGAAUGUCCAGUAUGUAAAGAAGAUUACACAGUUGAAGAGGAAGUCCGGCAGUUACCCUGCAAUCACUUCUUUCACAGCAGUUGUAUUGUCCCAUGGUUAGAACUGCACGACACAUGUCCUGUCUGUAGAAAGAGCUUAAAUGGUGAGGACUCUACUCAGCAAACCCAGAGCUCUGGGGCUUCUGCAAGCAACAGAUAUGACAGCCAGCUACAUGACCGAUGGACUUUCUAAAACUAAAGACCAAGCCCGAACCAGGGCUAUUGGAGAUAGUCUUAACAUAGAUGUACAUUGUAUCAAAAACAAAAAAAAUAGUAGAUGGAUUUAGGAAUCACAUAAGAAACCCCAACCCACCCAUAAUACUAAUGCAAUGAGUGUUUUUGUUCUCUAAAUUUAAAGUUAGUAUCUACAAAAGGAAUUCUAUUUCAGUCAAAUUCCUCUGAUUUCUGAAUUCAGAGUGAUAAUUUUAUAAGUGUGAAAUUUAAGUGCAGUAUGUGAAUUUUCCCCUGUCUGAAUAAAAUGAAUUUCUUGAAGUCUAGAUAGGGUCCUGCUAUAUGUCAUGUUGCCUGUAAUGGAUGUGUCCACCUCUUCCAAUAUCUGUCUCAUCAUUAGUGUGUUUUGCAGUAAAUGCAGGGGAACCAGAGCACUAAAAUCCUGAUGAUAUAAAGUAAUUUUGUCUUAA